ACCGAGCUUUCACAGGGAAACUACCCCUGUUGAACGUGUACAGUGUUUAUUCUGAUGAAUUAUACGAGCUUGCGCAAGCCCGUCAUUUUUCAAAUAUCCGGGCCAGUCGUGCGCGCUACGACUGCUCGGUCGGUACAGCAGGGUUCACUGUAGCAUACGGAAUUUUCUAGCAAUUUUUUUCCUCCAAUUUUUCAUUGAAAAGUGUAAAAAUAAUUGAAAAGAAUUUUUUUUUGAACGAGGCGCAUAAAGAAUAUUUCACAUUCAUGUUGCAUAAUAUUUUGUUAGUCUUAUUAACAUUGUUAUCAUUUUAUUAUCCCGUAUCUACUUUAUUUCGAUUAGUUUUGCGAGCCACCGCCUGCCCGCACCUCUCAAAUAUUCGCGCCACCGUGCGCGCUUCGGCAGUUCAGUCGGUAAAAAAGAGGCAACAAUUCCAGAUAAAUAAAGGAGCUUGCGCGAUUAAAAAAGGUGACAGUGUAACAAUAAACACUUGACAUCAUGACAUUUAAUUUCAAGAACGAGGAGGAUGUCCAGGCGUAUCUGAAGAACAUUUACAUGGAGUAUCGGUUCGGUUGUGAGAGUGAGAAAAAUGGAAACGCCUGUCAUCUUUACGGGGAUUACAUGGAGAGUAUUAAACAGGACUUUGAAAAAGCCGCUAGUCUUUACAAAAGUAAUUGUGACGAGAGAAAUUGGCCGAGAAGCUGCGCCAAAUUCGGUGGAUACAAAGCUACAGGGAAAGGAUGUGAACGAGAUAUAAAGGAGGCAUUUAAAUACUUCGAGAAGGGUUGCGAAUUGAACGACGCAAGGGGGUGUCUCCACGGUGGAGUCCUGGCGACGCAUAAAACCAUGACCCUCCAAGAAGACAAACUGAAGCAAAUAAAUAAGGGAAUGGAGAUGUUCAGGAAAGCGUGCCAUGAAUUCAAGGAGGAGCCUGCCUGCUUCUUAUUGUCUGGUAUCUACAUGGGAGGCCUCAAGGAGUACAUAGAGCCCAAUCUCAGGGAGGCGUACAAGCUCAGCUUCACGUCCUGCGAAAUGGGGAAUCCUUAUGCUUGCGCCAAUCUCUCGAUAAUGCACGCGCGAGGUGAGGGGGCCCAGAAGAACCAGGAGCUGGCGGAUAUGUUCAAAGAACGGGCGGAGAUCCUGCAUAAGGAGAUGACUAAGGCCCAGAACCAGGUGAAGUUCCAGGAGGGCAUCAAGACGUGACGUGAUGAAUUUUUUAGAAUUAGAAAAAUUAUGUUCUGUAUUUUUUAUUUGAUCCUUGAGAUUUACUGAGUCUUGUUUAAUGAGAAUAAAGGAUAUACCUGACA